CACUGAUUGACAAAUGACAAUUACAAUUGAAAUAAUUUGUCAUAACUGGAUUUGUUUAUAAAAAAUUGAUAUUUCUCUUAUUUUUUGUAAAAUCAAGUAAUAAUAAUAGCUUUAAUGAAUAAAUAAGUUGCAAGUACAAAAAAUCCCAUACAGUAUGGCAGUAACAAUUAAAGAAAUAUGUGACAAUGUGAGACUAGCUAGAGAAAUGUCCAUGUUAGGAAACUAUGAAUCUGCUGAAGUUUAUUAUGAAGGUUGCCUACAGAUGAUAACAAGACUGAUAAUGCAGAUUUCAGAACCAUUGAGAAAAAAUAAAUGGCAACAAGUACAAAAGAAGGUUAGUAUAGAAUAUGAACAAGUUAAACAACUGAAAUCCAUGCUACAAACUUUGCGCAUAGAAACUAGUUCAGAAGUACCUAUUGGGGUUAGAAGGAGAGAUGAACCUGUCAGGGACUUUUCAGAUAUUUCUAGUUUGGAUCCCUUUUCUCAAACUGACCCUGAUGUUUGGCCACCUCCUACACCAGUAGAUCACAGUAAUGGUCCCAAACCUAGAAUUUCAAAUGUAAGAAAACUAGAUCUUAAAAAGGGUAACCUAUCAUCAAGAGCAAGUUCAUCUACAGCCAGAAAGGCAGAGAUUUCCCGCUAUGCAAGGCCAAAUAAUUCAAAACGUGAAGACAGGCCUACUUCAUCAAAAUCUGAGAGAAUCAUAGACAGUAAUAAGCCAGAAAAAGAUAAAGAUUCAGAGAGUGGAGAAAAAAAUGACAAGAAUGAUGCUGAUGAAGAGAAGAAGUUUGAAUGUCAUGGAAUGGAAAGAGAGUUAGCUGAUACUUUAGAGAGGGAUAUUGUUCAGAAAAAUCCUAAUAUUCAUUGGGAUGAUAUUGCUGAUUUACUAGAGGCUAAAAGAUUACUUGAGGAAGCUGUUGUGUUACCAAUGUGGAUGCCAGAUUUUUUUAAAGGAAUUAGAAGACCAUGGAAAGGUGUAUUGAUGGUUGGCCCACCAGGUACUGGAAAGACUAUGUUGGCAAAAGCAGUGGCUACUGAGUGUGGUACAACAUUUUUUAACGUUUCAUCAUCAACUUUGACUUCAAAAUAUCGCGGCGAAUCUGAAAAAAUGGUCAGGUUACUCUUUGAAAUGGCUCGAUUCUACGCGCCCAGUACAAUUUUUAUCGACGAAAUAGACUCGCUGUGUUCCAGGAGAGGGUCAGAAUCAGAGCACGAAGCAUCGAGAAGGGUCAAAUCAGAGCUUCUGGUGCAAAUGGACGGCAUCACGGUCAACGAUGAACCGGGUAAAGUUGUGAUGGUUCUGGCAGCUACAAACUUUCCUUGGGACAUCGAUGAAGCCCUACGACGUCGAUUGGAGAAAAGGAUAUACAUCCCUCUGCCUACGAUGGACGGAAGGGAAGCUUUACUUAAAAUCAAUCUACGGGAAGUGAAAUUAGACCCAGAUAUCAAUCUAUCUAUGAUAGCUAGGAGGCUAGAUGGUUUCUCUGGUGCAGAUAUCACUAAUGUCUGCAGAGAUGCUUCUAUGAUGUCAAUGAGGAGAAAGAUAUGUGGUUUAAGGCCUGAUCAAAUUAAGCAGCUGCCCAAGGAGGAGCUGGAUUUGCCAGUAACGAUGAAAGACUUUGAGGAAGCGUUAGUCAAAAAUAAUAAGAGUGUUAGCAAAGAAGACUUAGAUAAGUAUGAGAAGUGGAUGAAUGAAUUCGGAUCUUCAUGAUUGGGAUUUUAACCCAAAUCGCUCAGGUCUUGAACCUGUCCAGUUUUUAAAUCAUUUUAACCCCGGUUUUUAAUUUAUUUUUUAUCAAAAGAAAUCAGACUUUCAUUUAAUGGAAAGUUCUAUUUGAUGUAACACAUGUUUUUAAACUAAUUAUUUAUUCUUUAGAUAUCUAACUGUUUAAAACAUUAAUAUAUAGCAUUUUCGAAUUUAGAUCUGUUAUUUGAUGAAUAUUAAGUUUAUAUUUAAAUUGUACCAGCAAGUGAGUAAUUAAAACAUUUUUUUAAUAUAACUUUUUAAAUCACUGUGUAUAUAACAUAACUACCUACUUAAUGUGUUCAUUUAAACAUACACUGAAUAUUUGCUGCAAUAUUUCUUUGCCUUUUAAUAUUAUUCAAUUUUUUAUUUUAAACUACCUUCUUGAUGUAUCAGUAAUUUUUAAAUUAUUCUUUUUAUUAUUCUGACUUUGAAUAUACUUUUUUACUCAUUAAUUUGGGCUCCUCACAUUAGUGUUUAAUGUAAAUGGACUCUAAUGUAUCUUAUUUCUGGUUUUAGCAUAUUUUUGCUCUUAAAGUUUAUUUUAAAACCUAGUCUUAUUUGUGGCAUCAUAUAAUUUAAUUUUUAGUAAUCUGUUACAGUAGGGCCUUCUACUAAAUUUUGUUAUUUGUUAAAUUUUUAGUUGACCCCAAUAAAAAUUGCUAAUUAGUCUUAGCUUACUUAAAAAUAUUUAAAAAUGAGCAAAUGAGAGUGCAGAAUACUUUGAUUUUUACUUGCUGUAUCCCAAUUAAAUAACUGAUCUAUUUUUACUUUUAAUUUUGUAUGUCUAUGCAAAGCUGUCAAUUGCAAAUUAUUGUAAACAAAUCUCACAUUGCCAAAUAUUAAAUUAGAUUCUAUAAAUGAAUAACUAAUAUCCAGAUAGGAAAAAUGUUGGUAGUGCAUUUUUUUUUUUUUUAAUUGAACUUGAGUUAUUUUUAAUCAACAUAUAACUUUCAUAAUAAACAAUUAUUUGUAAUUGACAAUUUAUCAUGAUAGAAGUUUUUGAGACCAGGCAGGUCUUGGUGGAAUAACGCAAAUAACAUCAGAACCUGAUAUCAAAUAAUGAUGUAAUAAAUUAGAGAGCAGGUCUCCUAUUAUAUCAUCUGUUUACAGCCAAAAAUCAACAAUUCAGUCAUUAGUCAUAUUUGAUAACGUAGACAGCAACAAAUAAUGAAUUUUGAGGCAAUUUAUCAAAAUAUUUCUUAUCAGAAUGAUUUUUAUUAUAUUAUAAAUUAUCUUUGUUUUCAAAAUAUUCUUUGGAUGUAAUUUUUUAAUACUAACACAAAAUAAUUGAAAUUUUAUUUAAUUUUAAAAUAAUUACCACAUUCUGGUAUUGUUCCCACUAAGAAAAUUUCAGAAAUAAUACUACCUUGUCUCAAUAGAUUAUUUAACUCUUGACCAGGAAUAAUCAAUUUGAUUUUUCAGUCCGACAAUACUGAGUGUGUUUAUCAAUAUUAUAGCAUUGGUAUUCUAAAUAUAGACACUUGUAGUGCCCUUAUUAAGGGUAUAUUUUAAUAAUUUUUUAGUCACAAUAGUAAAAUUUAAUAUAUCUAGUAAUUUUGUUAUGGCAAUUAGCUGCAGUACCAGUAAUACCCCUUUAUUAUAUACAUAUUUUAAAUCUUUAACAUGAAUAUCUCUCAAAUCAGUCAGAUCGUGGAUUGUCACACAUUUGAAUAAACCUCUCUAAUAAUAUAAUAAAUAACAUUUUAAUAAAUUUAAUGUAUUAGGUGGAGUUUUUAUGAAAUUGCUGAAGCCAGGAGACAAUAAGAUUUUGAAGAAUCUACUUAAACAGUUAUUCUAUUAAAUUAUUUCAGAAAAAAAUAUUUUCCCACUUUUCAAGUAUGUGAAUUUUCUAUGGCUAGGUAGAUUACAUAAAAAUAUCUUUUAUGAAUUUCCAAAAUAAAUAUAUAUGUAACUCAGACUACCAGAAUCAUGACUAUCCUAAUAAAAAAAUAAUCUAACAAAAAAAAAUUAUUGUAAUUUUUAUACUUUAAAGUCAGAAUGACUUAUAUUUCCCAUCUUUGUGGAAAAAUUUCAAUAACUUAUUAAUGGACAGUUUUAAUUGCAUAAUGAGAUACAUCAGCUUUAAAAUUUAUAUUAUUUGUGUCAUACGGCUUUUACAACUUGAACAACUCCUAUAAAAAGGAGAAAACUGUGAUUAAACCGUUUCCUAAUCAUCUUAUUUGAAGUGUAAUUUUUUAUCACACAAACUCCUUUUAUUAGAGUUUAUGUAAAUAAAUUUUUUGUUACCUUCUUAUUUAUCUUUUUAUUUAUGAUUUUUUUAAAUGUGAUUGUUCUAGGUUUUAUUAUUUUUAGAUGGAUAUUUUGUUAUUUACGUUUUGCCUUUAAUUAUGUCAAAGAGUGAUAUUUUUUUACACCAAACUGGUUGUUAAAAUUGAUAGUUUGAUUCAAAUUAACAACAGAACUUUGUCAUUUAUGAGAGGUCUGAGAACGGAGCCUUAUGGAAGUGCUCUAGAUUAAUAGUGGAUAAAAUAAUUGAAAAUUUUUCCACAUUUUUAUACUAUAUUAUGGAAAAGAAGGAAGAAAACAUUAUAAUUGUGAAAAAUACUGCAAUUUCGUAACUUUAAUUAUCAUCUUUGUUAUGAGCACAUCAUUUAGCGCCAAAAUAAAUAUUUAUAGCUUAAAAAUACAUACAAAACAGAAAUUUAAAAUUGACAAAAGUUGAGUAAUAAUGUAAUCGUUUAAGGAAGUUCAGUAUUAAACAGUAUUACAUUGUGUCAGCUUUGUAUUUUUUAAGUUCUAAGAAAAAUGCAUUUUUAUUUAUUUUGAAAUUAAUUAAAAAUAAACAUCAGUUUAUCAAAGCAAACAAUAAUUAAAAAAAAAACUAUUUUAUAACAAUUAUUAUCAUCAAUAAAUAUUUAAUUAUUGUUUUACCUAAAAUAUUCCCCAACUCCUGUAAAAUAUACUAUUACAAAUAAAAUAAUUAUAAAAAAUUCGUCACAAAAUACACAUAAUUUAAAAAAAAAUUGCAAGCCUUGAUUCUUUACAGUUUAUGACCUUUUAUAAUUAACAAUUGUACCUUCCAAAACUUUAUUAAGAAAAAAUGCUUUGACAUAAGACUGUCAAAUACUAAAAACUUAUCUAUUUUCCAUAUCAAAUUAAAGGCUUGCAUAAAUAAAUAUACAAUUUGCAGUAAUUGGUAAAUUAUAUAAAGUGUGGCCUGUAAGAUAUUUAAAAACCUAUAUGCUCCUGUUUUUUAUUUAAAACAUCACUUUAAAUUAAAAAAAACUCUUAGUGUAAAAAUAUAAUUGCAGUUUUUGUUAUUUUCCUGUCUCAUGUCCAAGCAAAAACUAUUUAACUACUUAAAAAACAUUCUAUAAAGCUAAAUUGUGUCAUAUUAAGUAACUACCUGUCUUUGUUAAAACAACAAAACUUAUUUUAACAAAUAAGAUGGCUGAAAUAAAUUAUUUAUUACG